AUGUGUUGCAACUAUGGGAACUCCUGUGGCUAUGGCUGCGGAUGCGGCUAUGGCUGUGGCUAUGGCUCAGGCUAUGGCUGUGGCUAUGGCUCAGGCUGUGGCUGUGGCUAUGGUUCCCGUUGUGGCUGGGGCUACGGCUCAGGCUGUGGCUGUGGCUAUGGCUCCCGUUGUGGCUGGGGCUAUGGCUCAGGAUGUGGCUGUGGUUACGGCUCAGGCUGUGGCUGUGACUAUGGCUCAGGAUGUGGCUGUGGCUACGGCUCAGGCUGUGGCUGUGGCUAUGGCUCCUAUUGUGGCUGUGGCUAUGGCUCAGGAUGGGGCUGUGGAAAAGGCUCCUGCUGUGGCUGUGGAUAUGGUUCUGGCUCUGGCUGCUGGGGCUACCGGCCAUUUUGCUACAGAAGAUGUUAUUCUUUUUGCUGCUAG